GAGGCGCCAGCGAAUGGAUUCUGUCGUAAACAGGUUGAUUUCUAUGCUUCUCUCUCUGACUUUAUUCAAAUACCAAGCGUCAGGUUAGACGGUGACCAAUAUAGUACAACCAAACACAACGUUUAUAUUGUAUAAUUUACAUAUUGUUUGUAAUUUUUGUGAUUAACCUAACUCUGGCGUAAAAAGGUGGAUGAGAUGCAUCACCCGGCCGUGGAAAUUCACGAUGCGUCGGCGCGUCUCCGAGAGUUUUGACAAGCGAGAUAGGAAGCGAGAGGCGUGCCACUUUACAGGAAAUAAACAUAUGAUUUGUUAUCACGUACGCACAGCAACAACGAUAGAUAUUAAAGCGCAGUGCUGCGACUUUAAUCAUAUCAGGUUGGAGAUCCAAGAUUGGAGCAUGAGAAGAAGAGCGACCGUCUUCUCUUGAGACGUGCAUGCCGCGUCGGAUUUGAAGUAAUCUGUUUCUAUCUGCACCGAGAUCGUCGCACGAUCAUCACGAUGACGCCACAACUGAUUCAGGAGAAGCACGUCAAGUACUUCCAGAGGUUACUACAGGUUAUGCCUAGCAGCCUGGCGGAUUUUGACUCCACCAGACCGAUGAUAGCAUACUUCGCGUUCUCCGGUCUGGACCUGCUCAAUUCGCUGGAUAAGAUCGGGGAGCAGUCCAAGUCCGAGGCGAUCGACUGGAUCUACCGGCUCCAGGUCGAGGGUGCCGGCCCGCGCUCCGGCUUUCAAGCGUCAACAACGAUACCGAAUGAUAUACCUGAUUAUCAAUGCGGUCAUCUGGCGAUGACCUACACCAGCCUGGUGACCCUCCUGAUCCUCGGUGAUGAUCUCAGCCGAGUGGACAGACAGUCCAUCGUCGAAGGGGUCCGCGCCUGCCAGAAUCCUGAUGGAUCUUUCACAGCCAUGGUCACGGGAUGCGAGAGCGACAUGCGAUUCUUAUAUUGCGCUUCCUGUGUUUCUGCAAUUUUGGAUGACUGGUCAGGCAUGAAUAUACCAAGUGCUAUCGACUACAUUUUACAAAGCAUUUCGUACGACGGCGGUAUUGGGCAAGGACCUGGUCUCGAGUCUCAUGGAGGCUCCACGUUCUGCGCUGUGGCGAGUUUGUUUCUGAUGAGAGAGCAUAUUAAUGUAUCGGACGUACUGACGUGGGACCGUUUAGCUCGGUUAAAGCGCUGGUGCCUUAUGAGACAGGACGGUGGAUUUAAUGGAAGGCCUGGUAAACCGUCCGACACGUGUUACAGUUUCUGGGUUGGUGCUACGCUCGAGCUACUGGAGUUCCUCAAUUUUUCAGACGGCCAACAGAAUGAAACGUUUAUUCUUAAUACCCAAGACACCGCCAUCGGAGGAUUGGCGAAAUUUGAUAACACUCGGCCUGAUCCCUUACACACAUAUUUAGGUCUGUGUGGCUUAAGUCUUUUGAGACAUCCUGGACUGUGUUCGAUAAACCCCGAACUUAAUAUUUCUCAACGAGCUUACGAGCAUCUACAACGGAUUCAUAAAAGAUGGCGAAGUGAUUUCAGUGCAUAAAUAUUCGACGAACUAGUAAGGAUCAUAUCAGAGACGCACAGUACUUAAUAAAUCAGACACUUUUUUUACAUUCAGUCGUAAUUUCCAUUCGCAUUUCAUUGCAUUCUUUGCACUGAAGUCCACAUUCUAAAGAUGUCAAUUACUACUACAAUAAUCAUAACUUAAACGGUGUUUUAUUUUAUAUUAUUUAAAGCUGCUUGUUGAAGGCUUGUUAUAAAUGUACAUGUAAAGUAUAUUAAAGUAUAAAUAUUAUAUCUCCAUAGAUACAUUGGAUAGGAAAGAAUAUUAAUAAAACAAUUUAGCUUACUCUUUA